GGCCAUCGAGCCUCCUGUCCUUCCCAAACUGAAACUGAAACUGAAAUUGGAAGAUUGCGGUGUUGUCAUGACAACGCGGUGUUCAGUUUUGUUCUUUUUGCCUUUAUCAGUAAGACUGUAGACAACGAGAAUUCUGGGUAGUUAUCAACGAACUUCAUAUGAUUUUCUGGAAAAUUUGAGAAUGUGUUUUAGGAGGCCCUCAGUUCAGAGAGAAGUUUGGGAUUCUUAGUCGUACCUUCCGAAAAUUGAUAAAAAAAUUUUGCGAAUUAUUUAAUGGCGUCUGAUAUUUUAGUAAUUCAAAGACACAAAAAGUUCGAUUGAUAAAGUGAUGGAGGUACAAUAUUGGUGGCGGUAAUUACUGCGAUAUUUCCCCUUUAUUUACGCUUUCGUCCGCUUUAUUUCCCCUUUCUUCGCCUUUAUUUCCCCUUUUUGGGUUGCUUGGGAAACUGCCCGAUCUCCUUAGGGGUCUUCCGCAAAGUCGUAAGAAGUUUCGUAGUUUUUCCUAAACUUUGGGGAAAAACUUCGGAGCGUUAUGAGAUGCUGGAGAAAUAUUAGGGAAAGCCCGAAAUUCACCCAAACAUUUUGAAGAUUUUCCUCAAACCUGGGGAAAUUCCGGGGUUUUUGUGCCGUCUCCUCGAAAUUUCCCCAAAGUUUUCAACUGCGGCCUUCCCAAAAUUUAUCCGAAACGAAAACACGUUUCUCCAAAAUUGGGGUAUUGGGUAUACAGACUACUUGUGAUAUAAAAACUGUCAACUACACAAUAAUUAAUCCAACCAGUUAGUUGGAUCAUUAUCAGUGGUUGACAGGUUGUUGUUUGUUGUAUAUUUAAGAGGCUGGAUAUUUGCUCACGUAUCAUUGGGUUUCGGUGGGAAGCAUAUAUUCCACCGAGAUACCGUUCGUCACUGGUUUUUGAACUCACCUGUUUUUCCAAAUACGGAAAUCUGAUUAAGUCGCCUAUUAAUAUUAAGAGGUAUCUUCAGUAGGAAAGUGUCAAAAGAUUUAACAUCUAAUUGGUGAUGUUCAUAGUUUCGUCGACUCUUCGGACCCUUUCCAAGAGAAAUGAAUUUUCCUCAAAGCAAGGGCUUGCCGCCUACACAAAAACGAGUAAUGAGUAAACUUUUUAUAAGUUUAGAAAAUCUCCGAUGUCAGUACUGUUCUGAAAUCUGCCGAAACCAAAAGAUACUGAACUUUGUUCUUCACAUCAUUAUUAACUCAACAUCCACGUCAUUACGAGCUAGAUAGAACAUUCUGUAUAUUUUGCAGCUGUUUCUAUUCUCAAUUUCUUUGUUUUAGAGACAAUAAUUCACAUUGCUGGGCCUUAAGCAUGUCUUGGAAAACUUAGGGAAGAUACUGAGACUAGUUUUAAAGGCUCACACCUCAUCAUAUAGAUAUCGUUCAUUGGCUAGAGGAUUUGGGUGACAAGGCUCAAAAUUCUAUGCAGUGGCCCAGAUGCAUUCACCCUUCGUCUUUCCUUAGAUCCUAAGUUUGCUAAUUACCAAAUAUUAUUACUAAAAGCCAUAAAGUUGAUGAAUAAACAACACUCGGGUUGGGUUUUGCGUUAGUUUUUUAAUGUGUCACCUAAAAUACUUGCAGUGGUUAGAAAAGCUUAACUUUUGAACUGGUAUUUCAGUUACUAUUUCAUCAUUGCUGUGUUUGGCAUAACUGACAGGAUACAAAUUUAAUCCAGAACAAAAUUUAAGUAGCAGACGGUUUGCACGGAUAAAAAUGCCUAUGCAUUUUAGUAUUGCAUCUAUUGUUUAUUGUAGAAAACUUUUACUCAGUAAAUAAACUUUUUAUACCUGUAAGUUUAGUUUAAACGAUGCAGUAAGUGGUCCAAAUAUGUAGCAUAUCUGGUGAGCAUUCGGAAUCAUUAGUUGAUGGUAGGAUGGUGGGAUACCUUGUUUUAAAUCAUCAAGAGAACUUUAACGUAUCUUACAUGUUAUAUAAAUCAGUUAUCAUGUUUGAAACACUCAAAUGAAAUUUCAAACAUGAUUUAUUUACAUCAUAUCACUUUAUCUUUCAGGUAAAAUAAUUUUGAAAAAGUUUAUGAAAAGAGAACAGGCUAUUUGAUUGUCGUCUAUUGCUCAAGAUUAUUGGAUUUAUUAUGAAAAACAUCAGGAACGUCAUUUUAUGAAAAGUGGAAAAAAUAUUGGAAACAAUUCAAAUUACUGCUAUUAUUUUACAUAACAUACUUACUAGUUUAGUUUUUGUGCGAACACAUUUUUGACUAGAAAUUUUUGCAUAAUCGAUCGGGCUUUUUGUCAUAAGGAUACAAGCUACAUUGUAGUAAACUAAUCAAUGACUUGUUUUACUGAUUAAGAUGAAUAGUGAUAUUAUUGUUAGCGCUCUAAAGGAGACGUACGAAGUUGAUAAAAUUAAGGAGGCAGUGAAAAUACUCGACAAAUUUCCAUCAAUACCACCAAAAUGGUUUGUAGACAGUAAGGAGGCUAGAAACAUCAGUAUAGAUUUGUUGAACGAUAUUUACAAACUUUCAAGAAGAAGACGCAUAAAUGGCGGUCUUAAGUUGGAAGAGAAUGGAACUUUGAAAUCAAGUGAAGACUGUGAUGUUAAGUCGAAGAGCCCUGUGAUUCGGUCACCAUACAUUCAAGAAGAAGAUAAAUCGACGUAUUGGAUUCCGAUUGAUGUUUUCAAGACUGUUUCACAAAAUCAUUUAAAAGCUCAAAAGAAAUCAAGCGACUAGUCUUUGAGAAUCUGUUUUGCACUUUUGGCUGACGAUCACUGUUUGUAAUUAAUAAAGUAUCAAUAAGAUUCUAGUUUUAUUGCUUCCAGUUAAGAUAUGUAAGAAUGAUGUAUUAGUACCCCAUCCAUUAAAAUUCAUAUGGUAAUUGCAUAAGUUUCACGUAUGUUUAUUAAUAAAUAAUACGUUAGUAAAGCUAAAAAGUAUUAAUCGCAUGUAAUUUUUUGCCUUUUCUGUAACGGAGGUUCUUUGAGAAAUCUCCAUUAAAAGUCUGAUAUUUGAAGUUACCGUUCAAACUGGGAAAUGUUAUUGUUAUUACCGACUUUACAAUUCAACUUGUUAUAUAACG